AUGACUUCCACCGAAGCAUCUCAAGACAUCACCGACGCCAUCGCCGCCGGCUUCGACGGCUUCGCACUCAACACCCACACCAUCAGCAGCACAGACACCUGGAACACCGAUGCAAUCAACUUCCUCCUCGAUGCCGCCUCGGGUACAUCAUUCAAGUUGUUUCUCUCGUUUGACAUGUCCUGGGGCCUCGACGUCUCCUCCCUCGGCUCAUUUCUGACGCAAUUUAGCAAUCAUUCACAAUACUACACCACCUCCGACGGGCGUCCAUGGGUCAGCACCUACUCCGGUGGCUCUUCGGUCAGUAACGAUCAAUGGAAUAGCGAAUUUAUCCAACCCCUCGUUGCGCAGGGCGUGACGCCGUACUUUGUGCCUGAUUUCGAUGAUUGGUCUGGUUACCCCACGGGAUUCUUUGAUGCUUUUCCAGUGCUGGAUGGAGCAUUCAGUUGGGAGAGUGCGUGGCCUGGUGCGGGUACCGUAGCGGCGAAUGUGAGUGACGGUGUUGAUGAGAGUCUGAUUGAGCAGGCGCAUGCCGUUGGGAAGGUCUAUAUGAUGCGCUCUGACUGGUACCGCAUCGGCGAAACAAACCUACCGGAACGCAUCGCCCAGAUCUUGAGCCUACAGCCCGAUUUCGUGGAAGUCAUAACCUGGAACGAUGCCGGCGAAUCGCACUAUGUCGGCAACUUUUGGCCUGAGCAGAUUGCCGGCACAAGCGAAGGGGAUUAUGCGAAUGGUUAUGAUCAUACCGGCUGGCAGCAGGUUAUUACACCGUUUAUAAAUGCCUAUAAAAAUGGAGCCACGAGUGUUGAACAGAUCACGACUCAAAGUGGCUCUCCCGAAGGAGCGAUAUGGUAUAGAACACUGUUGACGAGCGCGAGUUGCGCGAGUACGAUUACGAAUUACCAACAGGCUGAAGACGCCAUCAAUUUCGCUGUAAUUUUGCCCGCGUCCGACACUGCUUAUACCAUUGAGGUGUACAGUAAUGACGCAUUGAUUGGCACCUUCUCAGGUGUGGAGGGACUCAAUUAUGAGUCUGUGCCCGGUUUGCAGGCUGGUAGCGGGCAGAGUAUUCGUGUCUUGGAUGGCAGUGGGAAUGUGGUGAAGACGGCGAAUGGGACGAAGGAUGUGUUGAGUGAGAGCUCGGAUUCGUCGAUGUGCAAUUGGAAUUAUGAAUACGGCGAAACAUGCUGGAUGGAAAUACCCGUGACAAACGCCAAACGCGCAAUUCGAUUCUAUCGGGACGUGUUUCAAUGGGACAUCGACGACGAAGGCUACGAUCAGCAGGUUGAAGGUGUUGAGCGGGUCCAUUUCUUCAGCAAGGGCAAUUUCCGGGGAAGUUUCCAAUUGGUUUCUGAGGAACAGUUUUUUAAUAUGAGUGAGGCGUUUGCUGGCGCUCUUUCGGGGGAGAGUAACGGGGGUAGGAAAGAGCAGCAACGGCGAGGACCACUACUAGGUGUGAUGAGUACGUUUGCGGUUGAAGAUAUGGAUGAGACGUUGGAGAAGAUCGUGGAUCGUGGUGGGAGGGUAUUCCAGUACGUCAUCUCCGUCCUUUUCUGGACCAUAUUCGCGCAGCGUGACUGA